AUGGCUCUCGCAACAUUGUAUCGUUCCGUGGAGAAGGUGCAGCUUUAGGUGCGCUCGCGCUCACCUUAUUUCUUUACGUCAUUAUUCUAAUCAAUUAAUUAAAGGUUUAUUUAAAAACAAACAAACAGGAGAAUUGUGGGCCGUUGCUUUGGUUCUUUUUAAGCGUUAAGGCUGUAGUAGAGCAGUAAGUUCUGUGUGUGUGUGUGUGUGUGUGUGUGUUCAGCCAUGGUGCUCCUAGCAGUGUUUACUCGGCAGCUCCACACGAGCCUGGUCCGGCAGGUCCACACGAGCCUAGUCCGCUCGGUCCCGGUCCGGCAGGUCCGCGCGGUUCCGGUCCGCAUGUGUAACCUGUCCGCGUGCUCGAGCAGGUUCGUCCUGUCCCAGACGUGCGGAGCAGCGGACUACAUUCCCAAGCUGCACCCGAUGUGGCAGGAGCCUCUGGAAGUCCCCGGAGGAGAUCGCCAGUCUCCCAUCGACAUCAGCUUACGGAAGAGCGUCUUCGACCCGACGCUGAAGCCGCUGGUGACCCAGUACGACCCCAGAACCUGCCAGCAGAUCUGGAACAACGGGUACUCCUUCCUGGUCGAGUACGACGACACCACAGACAAGUCCAUACUGCGCGGUGGUCCUCUGGAGGAUCAGUACAGGUUGUGUCAGUUCCAUUUCCACUGGGGAGAGAACAACACCUGGGGCUCGGAGCACACCGUGGACCGACACCUCUACCCCGCUGAGCUUCACUUGGUCCACUGGAAUGCGGAUAAAUUCGCGUUAUUUGAGGAAGCCAUCAUGGAGGAGAACGGACUGGCUGUGAUCGGAGUCUUUCUGAAGGUUGGGAAGAGACACGAGGGUCUGCAGAAGCUGGUGGACGCGCUGCCUGCCGUCAGACACAAGGACAGCAUAGUGGAGUUUAAUAAAUUUGACCCGUCCUGCCUCCUGCCUGAGGACAUGAACGAGUACUGGACGUACGCCGGGUCCCUGACCACGCCCCCUCUGACCGAGGCCGUCACCUGGAUCGUCAUGAAGCAGCCGAUUGAAGUGAGCCACGAUCAGCUGGCCGUGUUCAGGAGUCUGUUGUUCACCUCGGCGGAGGAGGACGUACAGAAGAGCAUGGUGAACAACUUCCGGGUCCAGCAGCCUCUGAAGGGCCGAACGAUCCGUUCGUCCUUCACCCCGUUCCUCCAGAAGGUUCCUCACGCCAACCCAUAAACCCUGACCUUGUAGAGUACAGAUGAUGUCAUCAGUCUUGUCCCUGUGAUAGACGGCGCAACAGCGCACGUUUCCGGCUACACGAACCUGAAGUCUGUCCGAUCCUGACACACACGCGGGAUGUUCAGAUACGUUUGAUUUCAUUUGAAAUGUUGGUUUAAUGCAGGAGUUUUGUUUCUACUCGACUCUUUGUGCAGCUUCUGUUCAAAAUUUUUUAACAUUAACUUCUCUUUAACUUUUACUUUUCUGUGGGUGGAGUUUUCUUUCCUGACUGUCUGUACAUGUUACAUGUUUAAUGAUGGAGUAUCACAUGGACAUCUUGGCUACACACUGCCAGUCCAUGGUGUACUGUGUGUGUGUGUGUGUGUGUGUGUGUGUGUGUGUGUGUGGUUUUAUUUCAGCAUGCCUUACUUGUAGCUCUACAGAAAUGUUACACAUUAUUAGUUGGACCUCUCUCUAUAGUGACCAUGGGGGGGAUAGAUGGGGGGGGGGUUUAUUACGACCUCACCCGCGUGUGAAUUUCACUUCCUGCCCUGAUGAGCAGCCGCGGCUAAAACAGAAAUAAAAAUUAGAUUUAAUUAAGGAUUUGUGUUUCUGUACAUCCACACAUUGUACUGUAAAUGUAUUUUAGUUUUUUUUGUUAUAAGGUAUUAAACCCCAUGAGGAGGUAUAACGUUAAUCUUAAUGAUGUGGAUGGUGACGUUUGUGACGUUUCUCUUUUAGAGUAUUUACGGUAGCCAUGCUUCUCCAGAGUGUACGGUAGUUAAAAUGCCGUUGCGUGGCCCAUAAUGCUAAACUAAUCCUUCUAGACAGAUCGGAUUAAUAAUCUAGAGCGAGCUCGUAUCCAGACGGUAACGUUCACGUCACAACACGUCAGCGUCACGCGCGGCCUCUUCUCUUCCUCCGACUUUAUUGUUUUUGGUACUUUCUCUUCUCCCUGCACGUCUUCUACAAAUAAUAUAUCAAUAAUAAUAAUCUAUGUAUAGUUUAUAAGCUUUAAACAUUCUGUAUAUUAUCUUUAACACAUUCGAUGUUCUCAGUUACUAGUGGAGUGUAAAAUACACGCCGUGCCUCCAGCAUUCCGCUCUCACGCCGCCGUCGCCUCCGCCAGCAGGAAGCCGCUGUUUGUUUCUUUGUUUGUUUUUCUUUCUUUGUUUUUAAAUAUAUAAAAUGUGCUCCGAACUGUCCACUGGAGGGCGCUCCAGCACAGUGCUGCAGGUCCUGUGUAUGAUUCAGAUUCCAGCCCCGACCUGCUGCUGUCACACACUGACUUAAAAACAAACUGACGAGUUUAAACCAGAGCAGAAAUGUACCAGGUGCUCAAAACUAUUAGCACCCCGUCCUCUCUCUCACUCACACACACACACUCUUACACCUUAGAGAAACUUCCUCCUUUCACCCAGACCCAGUGGAAGUAUUUCUAAAGUGUGCUGGAAUCUGGAUCUCCAGAACCCGAGAUCACACUGACGGAGCCGCGUGAGCUGCGUGAGCUGCGUGU